AUGUUCCAAUCUUUCACCGGUAACUCACGUCGUCCGAGGCAGGUCAACCUCAGCGGCCGUCCCAACAAUCCCUUCGCUGCAUUUCCAGGAAGCUCGCCUGGCCGCCAACCCCCCCAUGCCUCCAACCCACAGAGUGCCGUUGCGAUCGCACAACAAGAACGACUCCAGAGACAGCGGGACAGAGAGAAACAGAAUGCCAUCCGGGUCAUCCAGCGAGUUUGGCGGGGCUCCUCCAGUAGGAAGGCAACCCACAGGCUAUGGAGGUUGGAAUGGGACCACAAUGAGAGGACUAUGACAGGUGCUAUGGACUUAGGUACAGGGACCGAAACAGCAACGGAUCAACGACUGUUUGCAUCCCGCCGGCCUACCCCGUAUGCUACUGCAGAUGAGUGCUUGGCUCAGCUCCGGCUCCUGGUGCAGUUUGUUUCACCACGAAGACGUGAAGAUGUUCUACGACUGGUAUAUUUUGUUGGAGCCUUUGAGCAGACGUUCCAAACUCUCCCUACGAUUGCAACCGAAGGCGAAUGGACGAAGCUUCUAAAACGGCUUGCUCAGACAAUUAUCAGUGUGUUGCAUUCUGCAUUAAAGCCCAGUGUGCCAACAUCUGCAGUUGAACCUCUCCUUGGAGCUGUUGCAUUCCUCGCAGGGCUGAUUCCAAAACAGUUGGCAACAGUUGCAGACACUUAUUAUGAAACUAUGUCAUUCUUGACGACGAACAUGUCGGAUUUGCGCCUAUCUAAGCAUGACAAAGAGUCUGGUCAAGAGGGAAUUGAUCCCGAGAAACUAAAAAUGACCGUACUCGCCCUUCUACGACCUAUCACGUCGGAGACAAUGUCCGCCUACGAAUCAUUUGCUUCCUCAUACCUUACGAUCUCUAAUCUAGAGGCAUAUCUGGGAAAACUGGAUGAUUUGGCUGGUCAAAUCAACUAUAGGAUGCUGGCAUUAGCUGUAUCAGCAUGUUUAACCUCUGAUGGACGUCACCCAAGCUUAUUAGAUGAUACUCAGGCACGCACCUGGCUCCUUUCAUACCUCAUAUUCUUCCAACAACAUGCACUGGGCACUCAAGUUAACUCUCACGCCCCAGAGCUGGAGUUUGUGACAGUGGUAUCAGAGCUGCUGACUCUAAAUACGACUUAUCUUAUGCAAGGUCUAGAGGCGGAGGACUCGACCGACUUGGACUCGCCAAAAGGUGUGCGUCCUUUGCAUCCCUUCAUUAUAGACCAGAUCAAUAGUCUAGUCAACCAGGGCAGUGUGACUGGAUUACUUUCUCGCAUUCGGUCAUCUCGCCUUCCACAGAAAGAGCCCACGGCUGAUGACUUGGAAGAAUCACGAGAAGCCCGUGUUCUUGCCACGUAUGCAUUGAAUCUGUUGCGAAUAUUCCCGCGGCGAAGCGAUGACAUUAGAAUGUGGUUGUAUUUAGGGUCAGCGCCAUCUGGAGAACAGGUCUCGGGUCAGCCGGAUGCUAAAAUACCAGCCAUCAAAUACUUCUGGCAGGCCUCUCGAUCAAGUCGGAUUUUCCAAAUCAUCAGCAGCGACUCUACAAAAGUGCUUGCGCUAUUGCAGCAGUCGAAGGAAAUACCCACUCUUCCGCAGCACCAAAGAGAUCAAGAGUGGACUACUAUUCUUCUCUUUCUCGAGCUAUACACUUUUGUUCUGAAAGUUAUGGAUGACGAUGAAUUUUUCUCAAACACAUCUUCUUUUGUUUCUUCGGACAAUGCCAAGGUUUCAUGGACUAAAGAGAGCGCUUUACCGCUCAAUGAUGUCAAGGAUAUGACGGUGUUUCUCAAAAACCUUGCCUUCACCCUCUAUUGGAAUGCUGCAGAUCUUAGUGAGCCGGAGCUCCAACCAACCGCCAUGAAUCUAAGUAGCUACUUCAACAGUAUCACACAAGCCUCUGGACCCCCGGACCCGCUCCCGAGCACAAAGGACCUGGAAGCAAAAGGCCAAAAUAAUAAUCUCCCAGGCGUAACGGGGAUUCCCCUGGAAUAUUUCAAGGGACUUGUUACUGGACUUCUGCGGAUGCUGCAUGAGCGAGAUUCACGCCGCAAGUUCCUUCCUAAAGACCAUUGGCUUAUGACUAGCCGAUUUGACAUGGAGGGAUUCAUCACCAACGUCGUCGAGGAAGAAGAGAGAAGACACGAAUUCCAAGCCCGAGCAGAGGAUUCCGAAGAUGGCGAUUUUAUCGAUGAUGAUACAAACAUCCCAACUGGCUUAGCAGGAGCUGGUCAUGCCCAGCAGACCAUUCGUCUUGAGUCUUUACGGCGGCACCAACAGCGCGUUGCUCGCCGGAGGAUCCUGGCAAAUAUCGCCCCACGGCUCGAGAUUCUCCGAAACAUGCCGUUUUUCAUACCCUUCGCUACCCGAGUGCAGAUUUUCCGACAAUUUAUCUACCAUGAUCAGUACCGCCGUCGACAGGGCUUUGUUGACCCUGAUUCAUGGCGUGCAUCCGUGGUACAUACUACCAUGGGCCAAGUGAUCAAUGGACAUCCAGCCGCACAGGAUGUUCUUGCCCGACACCAGGCAGAGAUCCGCAGAGAACAUGUCUUCGAUGAUGCGCUGUCACAGUUUUAUCAACUUGGCGAUGGUCUCAAGGAACCAAUUCAGAUUAGCUUCAUUGAUCGCUUUGGAACCAUGGAGGCAGGUAUCGAUGGCGGUGGUGUGACGAAAGAAUUUCUCACCAGUAUCACUACGGAGGCUUUCAAGACCGAAGAAGGGUUUGGCAUGUUUGCGGAGAAUGACCAGCAUCUGCUAUAUCCCAACCCGACAGCCGUUGAGCAGUGCAAAGAGCAUCUUCGUAGAACCGGAUUGAACGAGUCUAAUGCAGACUGGACGGGGAAUAUUCGGGAUCUUCUUCGCCGAUAUGAAUUUCUGGGACGAGUCAUUGGCAAAUGUCUCUAUGAGGGUAUAUUAGUUGAUGUCAACUUUGCACCUUUCUUCCUUUUGAAAUGGGCUUUGACUGGUGGGACUGGGUCUGCUAUGAAAGAAUCCUCCUAUCGGGCCAACUUGAAUGAUCUAAAGGACCUAGAUGCAGGGUUAUACCAGGGUCUUCUGCAACUGAAAAACUAUUCUGGAGAUGUGGAGGACUUCUCCUUGGAUUUUACGGUUACUGAUACCAUCCCGAUGCCGGAUUCUGCGAAUCGCACUGUCACAAAGGAGCUCCGUUAUAAUGGAUCCAAGACUCCAGUCACGAACCAAAAUCGCCUGGUCUACAUCUCAUAUAUUGCGCGGUACCGUCUACAAGUGCAACCUGCUAUGCAGACCAACGCUUUCUUGCAAGGCCUGGGUCAGAUUAUUCAGCCUGCUUGGCUGUCUAUGUUCAACCAGGCUGAAUUGCAGACCCUGGUCAGCGGCGAGAAGGCAGACAUUGAUGUUGAGGAUCUCCGACGUAACACACUGUAUGGAGGGGUUUACACAAUCGGCGAUGACAAUCAAGAACAUCCAACCGUCAAGCUGUUCUGGGAAGUGCUGCAUGAAAUGACCAACGAAGAGCGACAGAAAGUGUUGCGGUUUGUCACCUCAACCCCUCGGGCUCCGUUGCUUGGAUUCAGUCACCUCAACCCCCGAUUUAGCAUUCGCGAUUCCAGCGAGGACCAGGAGCGCCUGCCGAGUACUAGUACCUGCGUCAAUCUCCUUAAGCUGCCGCGUUAUUCCAAUGCAGAGACCCUUCGAACUAAAUUGCUGUAUGCGGUCAGCUCCGGAGCAGGGUUUGAUCUAAGUUAG